UCGUAUACAGUGCAUGUGGAAAUCAAGCUUAAAUAAACGUAUCGACAGUAAUCUGAUAUGAAAUUCCUGUAUAAAAAAUAAUUCGUAUGAGACUGUAUCAGAUACAAUUUUAUGAAUCAAGUUAAGUGGAUAUUUCAGAAAGCAAACUUAGAAAUGUGUUGAAAGGAUAUCUGAAACGUGCACAUUAAAAAAAUUAUAAAGGACGGACUCAGCAUUUUAUGUAAUUAAUUCAAUACAAAGUCUAAGCAGCAUGCGCGCCUUUCAACGCGCAGAUGAACUGUCUGAAUGAACAAUCAUCGUCUGUCUAUUAUAUUGCAUAGUUCACUGCCGGUCAAAGUGUCAUAUCCAGCAGCAGGUUAACCGAAGAUGGAUGUACAGACAGAGUUGAUCACGGAUCUUCGUGAAAAAUUUUUUAAAAAACUGAGCGAUGAAGGACCACCGGAUCCUAAAUUUCAUCCUGUAGAUAUUGCCAAAAUAAAAGAGGAAGAUAGUUGGUUAAAGCGAUUCUUAAUUCACAAUGAGAAUAACGUACAAGAGUCACUGAAUAUGUUAUGGGAUACUUGUUCUUGGAGAAGCAAAUUUGGCACAAAUGAGAUAACAGAGGCAAAUGUAAGAAAAGAUUAUAUAGAAAGUGGAUUGUGUUUUAUUCAUGGUAAAGAUAAAGAUGGUAAAACAAUGUUUAUUAUUAAAUGUAAAUUGCAUACUAAGGGAAGUAAAGACUUAAAUGAAUUAAAGAGAGCCAUUGUUUACUGGUUCGAAAGAUUAGAAAGACAAACAAAUGGUGAUCAAAUUUCAAUUUUUUUUGACAUGGCAGACACUGGUAUUUCAAAUAUGGAUAUGGAAUUUACUAAGUACCUAAUUGGUCUUUUUAAAAGUUAUUAUCCAAAUUUCUUAAAUUAUAUUAUUAUCUUUGAAAUGCCAUGGAUUUUGAAUACGGCUUUUAAACUUAUAAAGUCAUGGUUGCCACCUAAAGCUAUUCCAAAAAUUAAGUUUGUUCAGAAAAACAAUAUACAAGAAUUUGUAGAUCCUAAUGAUAUACUUACAUGCUGGGGUGGCAAUAAUGAUUAUGUUUUCAAAUUUGUACCAGAAGCACAAAAUAAUGUGGACACUACAUUGAAUGGAAAGCUUGAUAACAAAAAGGUACAUUUUGCAGAAGGUUCUCCAAUGACAGAACAGUCUCCAAGUUCUUUCGGUGAACAUAACAUAGAAGAACAAUUAUUAUCUAUUGAACCAAAUGCAAUUAUAUUUAAUAAAAAUGGAAACGAUAUUGUUGGAACAAUUACACUUAAGAAUAUAUCCGCUGAAAAACCUUUGUCUUAUAAGGUAAAAACAACAUCACCUGAAAAGUUUAGAGUACGACCAAGUUCCGGAAUUUUAUUACCUCAAGAACAACGUGUGGUUUCUGUUAUCGUACAAUCAGGAUACAAUUUGCGCGGCCUUUUGCGUAAUGACAAAUUUUUAGUUACGUGCCUUCCUUUGAAAGACGCAAAUACAUCGGGACCAGAAUUAGCCGCUCUUUGGAAGUCCGAAAAAGCUGCAGAGGAACAUAGACUCGGAUGUUGUGACGGGGGAUUUGAAAAUAACGAAGUACAAAAGUUACAGUCCAUGUCUUCUGGAAUGUCAGAAAAUGGUCACAUAGAUAUAUUAUACCGUAAAAUAACACAUUUGAAAGAGACUAACGCGAAGCUUCACAGUGAUGUUGCUUUCUUAAAGUAUUCUUUAUUCUUAUCUAUAUUAGUGACGAUUGUAACGGCUAUAACGAUUGUUUACAUUUUAAAGAUUGAUAUUAAACAUUUUAUGGAUCAACAUUCCUAUAGAGAGACCGGUCACAUUCACAAUGGGUUAUAGGUUUUUUUUUUAUUCAAAAUGUAUUUAAUUUCUAUGAUCAUGUAGUAGAAAUUUCAUUUAGAUAUUUAUAUUUAUUAAUGAAUUCUUAUAAGUUGACUUUGAUUUUUUUUACUCUUACCUCAAGUUCUCCUAGUUUCUCAAUGUCUUUGUUUUAAAGCAGUGGUAUAACAUAUAUUUUAUUUUAUAUUUUAUAGCAAACCCUCUUGGGCUUUGCUAUACACAAACUAACACAGUUAAUUUCAUUAGGAUAUUCAUGUAUUAUACGUUUCAUAUAUCAGAGGAGUUAAUGUAUUAUCAUACUUAUAAAAAUACAUAAAUAAUUGAAAUUAUUUUUAUAACACU